UACAGCAUUCUUAUGCUAUGGGUACAGCACUUUAAACUUUCAUACUUGCCAGGCUCAAAGAACAGGCAGGAAAUACUUCCUUAACAUGAAGUAGAAGUUAAUAAUGAAGGACUGUGUUUAGGGUUAAACUGGUGGUAGGUGCAAAUUCUAAGCAGAUCUAAUUGAGCAGCAACUAAAGAAAGCAUGGGCCGUGGCUAGCUUUUCUAAUACCUAAUACCUUUUGGUGUUAGAAAGAAAAGUUGCAUUUUUCCUUUCUUCUGUUCAGCUCUAAUCAAUGUGGAGCUGUAGAAUCUAAUUCUGUUCACAUGUCAUUGGACAUUCUCUAUUUUGGAGAUACUUAAAAGCCAUCUGGACGCAAUCCUGGGCAACAUGCUCUAGGUGACCCCGCUUGAGCAGAGGGGGUGGACUAGAUGAUCUCCAGAGGUCCCUUCCAACCUCAACUAUUCUGUGAUUCUGUUAUUUUAAUUACUCACAUAAAAAUGCACAUGGCUCAGAUGAGUCAGGUCUGUCACUUUUACUGCAGUGGUAAUGCUGAAUUGUGCUUGGUGCAACACUGUGCAAAACACCGUAUUUCUGGCCAAUGCAAUAUAAAACUGAAAGAGGAAAUAUAUGGGUUUAAAAGAGAAAAAUAAGUGCCUUAUCGUUUAACAAGUCCCAAUCUAGAUCAUGUAAAAAUGACAUUUUAGUGUGGUAAUUGUUCUGAUGUAAUUCAGCUGCUCAGCAAUAAUUUCCCCCAUGUGGAGAUGCUAUUCAAGAACAAAUAAAAUGGAGUAAAAGGACUCUCCAGAACAGCCAUUGCGAAACAGCUUUGCUGGGAGAGCUGCACUGGUCAGCUUUUCCAUGUAGACAGUCUGUGUAUACUAACUGGUUGCAUCUAUUAAAAUCUCCACAGAAGCUGCCAUUUUCAGUUAUUGGGUGAAGAAAGAUAAUUUCAUAUUUUGCAUUGGUUAUUUUUUAUCCGUGGCAGUAAAUAAUUUGUGUUACACCAUCUACCCUGCCCUGGUAUAUCAAAAAACAUUUUCCUGCAACAUUAAGCUCAUAGGGGAAGCAUAUAGCCCCGUAACUGGGAUUGCUGCAGUAAAGCACGGUGAAAGCUAUUUUUAUUUUGUGCAUGUACUUGGAAAAUGAAACGUGUUCAGCUGAGUCAUGUUCCUUGCUUAAACACUUCUUCUCAUUCCUGCUUGGAUACCCCAUCUUGUAUAAUGGAUAUGCUGAGUAGGUUACACAGUGGUAUGAUUUCACUUUGUAUUUUUGUGACCAAGGUGGUAUUCACUAAUAUAAAUGUUGGUAACAGCAAGUCAUUCUGGUAGAUUAUAAAAAUUGAUUCUGCAUCUUCAGUAGGCAAAUUCCAUGGCCAAACCUGUUUGAGAAGUGCCUGGCCUGCGAGCAGUAUAGGAUGCUACAGCUGUUAACUCUGCACUGCUUUUGCAGAUGUCAGGUUGAUAUGUUUUUGGUAGGCUGUGUUGGAAUGAAUUCUGCCAAAACUUCCUGUUUGCAAUAUAAUAUAAGCAGGAAUACCUCAUUACCAGCUGGUUUAUCUAAUUGUGUGUGGGUGGGUUUUGGUUGUUUUUGUUUUUGUAAAUUGAAGUAAAAAAAAAACCAGAGACUUUUUGAUUUUAAAACAUAUAUAAUAUGGAGUUAUGCAAUUUGCCAUCAGGGAAUAAUUUGCCAGAGUCAAAUCUAAUAUUGCACCAGAAGCAUCCAGGGAGGUCGUCUGUUAAAAGGAUGGCAUUCCUGCUAGAUGGUGAUGUCAUUGCACACUUUUUGUUUUUUUCCUAGAAAAUCUCAGCCCAAGCAAAUGGAAGCCUGCAGACAUUCAGAUAUCUGUAGAGUAAUUAUCCUUUAGUAAUUAUCCUUUUUUUUCCCUGAUAUGUAUCAAGAUAGGAGAAAUAUUGCAGUGCUAUGUCAGGACUUCAUAGAUAAUCAGGCCGUUCCGUACCUAAGCACUACUUCAAACUGUAUAUCAGGUAAGAUACCCAAAGAAAGGAGGGUGGGUGUGAUGUUAUAAGCUGAGGAAAAAGUCAUGCAUACAAGCAGUCUAUUUGUGUUAUGGUAAAUACACUUUGUUUUUAAUUUUGGCUGGAGUUGAGGGGAAUAGCAGUUGUAGACCAGAAGAGCUAGGAGGAGACAGCAGAGCAGUUGGGUGGUGAGGAAGGAGAGGAUGUAAAGAGCAGUCAGGAUGAAACUGCUAUAGGAAGUCUGAAGUUCAGACUGUUCUGAAAACAGCUUAUUUUAUCCACAGUUCCUGGUUGCAAAACUUCCAAGAUACUUCUCUUGUGGGUCUGGCAGAAGAUCAGCUUAUUUGGCCUGGGAAGUAGAAUCUAUUCAUUUCUUCCUUCCAUGUAAUUUUUAGGGGUAGGAGCACUGGUGGCCUCAAGAGCUGGCAGAGACCUACUUGUGUUUGGGGAUGAAGAGUGGCUCUCAGCCCUAUUUUACAGUCUCCUUUUCCCAUGCCCAGUGACACCUUUGAAUGUUUUUUCUGUUGGCGCUAGGUUCCGAUAGCUUUAGCAUUGCUCAGUAUGUGAUGGGGCUUGGACAGCACAAGCCUCGGUUACAAAGUAGAAGGGAGCUGCUUCCAGAUGCUGAAGGGUUUUGCCCCUUUUCAGCAAACGUGCUUUUCCUUCCCAUUGCCCUGUUCUAUCUCAAAGACUUCUAAUUACAUCACCUUGGUGAAAUGGAUGUGUUGGUUAUUUGCACUUGCCAGAGAAUUUUUUUUUCUGUUAGUUUCUUGCUUUCUCAGAAAAGUUCAUCCGUAACCUUAUUUUUUUGGAAUGUGAUAUGGUAAGCAAGGUACAAAUCUACUUUAAAGCUAGAGAUAAUAGUUCUUCUUUCAUGAUAGCAUUUAUCUUGAAAGUCCUGUUGGCAAAUGUAUUAAUGCAGAAAUACAGACUAAUAUUUUUUCUAUUAUGUAAGAAUUAUGCGUUAGCUGCUGUUUUGAAAGUAAAUUUUUACAGAUCGCUUUUCUUUAAUCACUAGAUCAGGUAAAAGAAUUACUUGCACUCUAAAAAUGCAUUUGAAAAUUAACCGUGGUAUCCACAAGUAUCACAUGUGUUUUGUCAGUCUGUUUGCACUGUGGAGUUGUUUUUUUAAUAUUUGUUAUCAGAAAUCAAAUUGCAUGUUUUGUAUUUCUGUGCUAAUAGGAGUCAGAGGACAAUAUCAAACUGAGGUUUUGGUUGUUUUGUUUGGGUCAUAGUUGGACAAAAUUCAUAAUGUAUAUACCAUACAAAGAACAGAACUGCACUGAUUGUAAUGAGAAAUUACAGUCUGUUACAGGAUAAAAAACCCAGGUAAUAGUGUAUUUGAGUUGGGGGACAGGAGAUUCAUGAGUUAGUCACAAUAAAAGUGAAAUACCCCAUUUUCAAGCAAACCCUUUCUUGCAACUUUCUACAAUACUUGCUAUGAUUUGAAAAAGAUGCCGAAAAGGCAAGUUUGAAUAAAAACCACUUUUUUAAAAAAAAAAAGAAUCUGGUAAAAAUGCCUUUGACUUAGUACUUCAGUACUUUCAGUAUGUCCCUGCUGGUGUUCCCUGAAUGCUAUGGAGAAAAGCUUUGGGAGACAGUUUUGUGCAAAGCAUCCAGAAGAGCCCGGCCGUAACUCUCACUGCCUCUCCGAGGAUGGAGCCCCUCUGUGCUGAGCAGGGGCUCUGCAACCGUCUCUAACAUGUAGGUAAGUGAAAGUGCAGGUUUACAGAAUCCAAAACUGUUGAUGCAGUUUCAAAGGUUAAUUAAGAAUCAAUGGAAGAAACAGAAGAAAACCAAAAGGGAUCUUUCUAUUGUAGGUGCUUUCCUGAACAAUAUAGUCGUUACAUGUGAUGUACAUAUAAUUUGCCUGGCAGCAAAGCCAGCUUGAGAAAUUUUCACACCUUAUUUUACAAUUUAUUAAGAUGAGAGUUUGUGGGGCUGUGCUGUAAACCAGUGCAGUGAAGUAAACUGGGCUAAAAAUAAACCUCUUUCCCAACCACUUUUUCCGUGUGCUAAUUCAUGUCAUCUCUAGCAGUGGAUGCUUUGGGUUAAACUGAAGCAUCUUUCAGAGUAAAUACAAGCUGCUAUCAGCACUACUGAAAAAGCUUCACCUAGUCUCUAGACAAAAUAUGCUGUGUGCUGGAGUUGCCAGCUGCAUGCCUCAACUCAACACUAAAUCCAUAAACUUAAAUAUUUAAAUCAAGUUUUUUUUUUUUUUUUUUUAAGAUUUGGCUCACAUGUGCAUCCUUCAUUUAUUCUCCAUCUUUAAUCAGUGGUUCCAAAGACCUUACGAAUGUCAAUACUAACAAGUAUUCUAUAAUGGAAUAAUAUCCUUGGUAUAAAUUAUUUGCUUUAAUAUAGUCUUUCAUUCACUUCAGUUUAAAGGAUUUGUUUUGUCCUGACUAGCUAAAGGUCAUAAUGAAUUAAGUCAGCUGAAUACCAUCAGAAAUGGGGAUAGCCUAUGGCAAAGUCCUGCAGUCAAGCUUUCACAAUCUUUGUGAGAUUGGUGUUUGCUCCUAUCUUGUUUUUAUUCUACCUGUGGAUGUAAACGACACUGAAAAUUACUUCUGUAAGGUAGAUACUGAGGAGCAGGUGAACUGAUGCAUAUGAUUUUGUUGCUGACAAAUGAAAUAGUACCUGGUGUUAGCAGUAGGAUAUUUUAUAGAAAACACAAGUUCUUACUAAGUCAUUAAUGUAACUGUUUCACUUUGAAAGUCAUUCUAGGACUAGCUCAUGGUCACAAAUUUCCUAUUAUCAUCAUGUUCUAUUUGAUUUUUUUUUUUUUAACAUCUGUCAUGACAAUUUUGAUGUUGUCCAAUGGAGCAUGCUUGUGGGACAAUUUUAUCUGACCUGUUCCCAUUGCAUUUGAAAGAUCUUCUGCCAAGGGAAUAAGACUGAACAAGUGGAGAAAAUGGAAGCAAUGUUUUGUCUUCCACAUGCUUAGCCAGGCCAGAGACACCCUGAUGUGAGUGCUAAUCGUCUAGAGUGAUGAUCGCAAUUACACUGCAAGUUAUUUUGAUAAUGGGUUUUGACUCCUUAGGUAAGUCCUUAGCUACAAGUCCAAAGAAUUUAUCAGUCAUCCAGACACCGACGAAAGUACACUUAUCAGUUGGAGACUCCACUGAAAUUGCAUGUAUUUGGGAAAAAAUCAGUUUGAUUGAGAGGUAUAGAGUAAGCUGGUAUCUUGUCAAUGAAGAGAACAUCACAAAGACUGUAACAUCGGACCUUGUCUACAUGUCCAAUGUCGCCCGUGAAAACAAGGAUGUGCUAGUGAUAGAAGCUGCCAAUGUAAAUAACACUGGACUUUAUUACUGUGAGGUAAUUAUUGAAAUACCUUUCUGUGAAAGAGUAUAUGGAAGUGGAACGAUGCUGACUGUUGGGAAGAAAGAUAUAAUUGCAGAAGCUGACUCACGGGAAAAGAGAGAGAUGGCCAUUUUGGCCAUCAUUCCUUUCUUAGUGGCAGUGGGAAGCUUAUAUCUUUGCUACAAAAAGAAACAGGACUCCAAACUUCCUGGUUCUGCCCAAUUUCUUAUGCCAGAAGAAAGACAUCAGGAGGAGCAGAUGCUUCAGGUAGCCAAACUUCAUGGGAGAAGUGAAUCCAUCAACGAAGCAGCUGAAGAAAACUUAUCAUGUAAUUCUGCUGAAUGGGCUGUGUCUACACUGUAUGAAUCAUACGAUCUUUUUUACAAUGAACCAAGAUAAAAGAUGGCAAAUCCAUUGUGACUACUGUGUAUCCAGCGCAGCAGAUGAACAAAUCCCGUGAAUGAGGGCAGCUGAAGAGUCAAGAACAAAAGUGAGACAAGGAUUCACUAUCUGCUUUGACACUGAGAACUACAGGAUCAUGUCAUGAAUAACCAAUAUGGAUAAAGAUCUAUGAGACUGAAAACAAUACCAUAAUUUGUUGCUGAAAUAUAGAUUACGUGAGUCUGCUGUCAGAAGCGCGUCAGUGGGACAAUAUGCCAGAACAGAUGUUGGUUCAGAACAGUCUCUGAAUGUUUUGUCAUUGACUUUAUCAUAAGGAGUCUGAAUUUGGAGGUUGUUGUUUUAGAAGGCUGUCUUCAACUCUACCCCCAACAUCCAGAGUGCAGAACUAAUAGAAGAUACAUUGUCAUACUUCGAAAGUCUUCUAGAUUGAACAGCAUUUUUCAACAAAAGUGUUACUUCAGGCAGCCAAGCACUGGCUGCCUGAAAUUUGAUGGCAAUCAUUCAACCAAAUAGGUAGGUACUACAUAUAGGAUGAAAUCUGAUUCCUGAAGCAGUCAUCAGUGCUGACUACAUCUUAGCAAGGGUGAUAGGCUAAAAGGCAUUGCUUUCCUGUAGAAAGGGACUGUUGAUGUUAAUUCAUUCACAAUAUUAAAAGCCUUCCAGAGAAGGUAGUCUCCUAUGGACAAUGAAAUACUCAGUUUAAAUGAAAUUAUAUAUAAUAGAAUUAUAUAUAAUUAUCAUUUAAUUGUGGGGAGGCUUGGAGCACAUAGAUGUUAACGCUUAUUCCACUUUUGCCCAUUCUAAAACUAGAGCAUCACUGAAGAAAUAAAUCAAAACUAAAAAUGCAAGUAAAACCUGACUUCCAAGGUCUGAUCAGAGAUGAAGAGUAGUGACAAUAAAGCUGAUUGCAAUUUUCCAAGGACUACUGAAUUCUAAGAACAGAUAUCUGAAAUGUAUAUGUAUUUAUGUAACCAGGAUUGUUUUGUCUUCUGUUAGAGUUCUUUCAGAGCCAAGCUGGAGGUUAGAGCAUCUCAUCAGCCAUGCAGGGAGAAACAGCUUCAUUGCUCUUAAGUUUUUGUCACAACUUGUAUUUGAACAGUGCAGUAAACCCAGACUAGCUUCCCUAAAGCCCUUAAAAAAUAGCUUGCUUAUUUUAAAUAUGUGACUGGUUUGCUACUUAAUGGUUUAUAUUGAAAUCUCUGUGGUUGUAAAGAAUGACUCUCUCUCUCUCCAGCACAUCUAUGCUGUAGUGACCACAGUUCACAAAGCUACCUCUUAGGUUACUGUAGCUCGGCUUUGGCUCACUGUUUGUGUGUCUGGUUUCCUGGGUUGUUCUGUAACCUCCCCUGAAUGCCAUUCUGCAGUGAAUACACUGCUGUCUAUACAUAUGCUGUAAUCACUGCGUUGUGAAUAUACACGGUACGAGAGAAACACAAUUUUCAAUAUUACAUUUCUUGGUGUUUAUGUAUAACUUGAAUAAAACAAGAGGAUUUUGUCUUUUC